AUGGCACCACGUAUCAGCGACUUGAUCAAAAAGGAUCAUCGGGAAAUACAGUCAUCUUACGAGAAUAUUAUCAAUGCCUCAAAGGAGACGGAGAAGACGAGAUGGCAGAACAUCUUCACCUGGGAACUAGCUCGCCACUCCAUUGCUGAGGAGCUUGUUGUUUACCCAGCAUUUGACAAGUAUGUAUCCGGCGGCGUUGAACUUGCCAAAAAAGAUCGCCAAGAGCACCAAUCAGUCAAAGAGCAACUGAAGAAGUUUCAAAAUUUGAACUCUUCAGAUUCUCAGUUCCUGCCUACCCUCAAGGCUCUGAUGCAAGAUCUGUCGCGGCAUAUCACGGAAGAACUGGCGGACGACCUGCCUAAACCGGAAGAAGUCCUAUCGCAAGAGGAAAGCGAGGAGUACUCUAUUUCGUUUGGAAAAACUAAGAUGAUCGUUCCAUCUCGCUCUCACCCCAGCGCUCCGAACAAACCGCCAUACGAGACGGCUGUUGGCCUUUUGGCGGCGCCCAUUGACCACCUUUCCGACCUAUUCCGCAGGUGGCCUCACACCUCGGGAAUGCCCAACCCUUCCAAAGAUUAG